UGAAGGAGAUAAGUGGAAGAAUGGGAAUAAUUGUGCGACUGGACGUAAUGUGCCAGAUAGUGACUCGGCUAAGAGAUAAAGUGAACACCAUUAAAACGUAACAACGUUAACAGCGCGUGUUUAGUACGAGACGGAAUGCGGCAGAAGUCUCAGCCCAGGGCAGUCAGGCCUAUGGACCCGAGGCAGGGCUCCGAGAUGGCAAACCAACAUUAUUGUCUGCGGUGGAACAACUACCAAAGCAACAUGACUUCUGUGUUUCACCACUUGCUGCGAACUGAGGCCUUUGUCGAUGUCACCCUUGCGUGCAAUAAUCAUUCGCUGAAAGCCCACAAGGUGGUUUUGUCGGCAUGUUCAUCAUAUUUCCAGAAGAUUCUGUUGGACAAUCCGUCACAACACCCAACAAUCAUCAUGCCCCAAGACGUUUGCUUCAAUGAUCUCAAGUUCAUCAUAGAGUUUGUCUACCGUGGCGAGAUAGAUGUGUCUCAAACCGAAUUGCAGUCCCUACUGAAGACUGCAGACCAGCUGAAGAUCAAGGGUCUGUGUGAGGUGCCUGAGGGAAGCAACACCAAGGAUAUGCCAGGAGCCGAGGUGACUCCUUUACCCCCACCAUCCCCCCCACCGCCACUUCGGCUCAACAAGUUCCGCAGGCUCACCUUCCAGGCGAGGCGACGACUCGACUCGCGCAAGCGUCUGUACAGGGAGACUCUCCAGCAGAAACAGCAGGUGCAGCUGAAUCAAGUUCAUCAACCACAGCAGACUCUCCAUCAUUCACAGCAAACCAUUCACCAGAGUCCACAGCAAAGUAUUCACCAGAGUUCGCAGCAAAGUAUUCACCAGAGUUCACAGCAAAGUAUUCACCAGAGCCCACAGCAAAGUAUUCACCAGAGUCCGCAGCAAAAUAUACACCAGAGUCCGCAGCAAAACAUCCAUCAGAGUCCCCAGCAAAGCAUCCAUCAGACACAGCCGAGCAUUCAUCAACAACAGCCACAGCCAAGUCUCCAUCAGACACAACAGCAGAUCGUCCAUCAGCAGCAGACGUUGCAUCAGAAUCCACAGCAGCAUUUACAGCAGCACUCCCAUAUUACACAGCAAACACAACACAUUACGCAGCAAACACAGCACAUUUCUCAGCAAACGCAGCAUAUUACACAGCAAACUCAGCACAUUACUCAGUCCCACCAGGAACAGCCACAGCAAACACAGAUGAUUCAAGCCGUUGUCACGACAGUGCAUGAUCCAACCAGCCCACACAAUCAGUUGUCAUCGGUUGACACACUCGCCAACUGUAUCACUGUGGCCACUUCCACUGACGAUGACCUGAAGAGUGAAGUCUCGGGUGUGGUCAUACUUGAGAGCCGAGUGGGCCACAACGCGCACCUGUCGCACUCACAUGCGCACACGCACGCAGACGCGAUCAUGAUGACCAGUCCCCCACCCAUCAUGUCCACUCACGCUCUGCCAUCCACGCAGCAGGUACUGUUGGAAUCGUCAGGGUUAAGUGUGCAUUCGGACGUGGAUUCUCUAACGGCAGAUGUUGCUACGCAGAACACUUCCCCCACUCCUUCUCUCAUCUCCUCUCCCCCACAGCACCAGGAAAUGACUGUGAUGACACCGGUAGAGACGAGGGUGGCGGUGGACACCAGUCCCAUAAGCCCUCACGACCAGGCGGUCAAGGUCAAGUACGAGACACUACGAGCCAUGGAGCAGCCAGAUCAACUGGACAUCGACGCCCACAUCAGUCCUGACAGGCAGGAGAAUGGACACCUGAGCCAAGCCAGUGGGGAGGAGACGACAGAACACACGAUGCACACUAUGAUGAUCACCCCAGAACUGUUGGGCCUGAUACCUUCUUCGGCAACAGGGCAUCAAGAAGUGUCAGAAGGAGUGAAGAGAGAAGCAGCUGCCAGCAAGACUUGGACUCAGGAGGAUAUGGAUGCUGCUCUAGAUGCUCUACGCUCACAUUCCAUGAGUCUCACCAAGGCUUCUAUAACGUACGGCAUUCCGUCUACAACGCUGUGGCAGAGAGCUCAUCGUUUGGGGAUCGACACCCCGAAGAAGGACGGGCCGGCCAAGUCGUGGACCGAGGAUGUGCUCAAUGUUGCGCUAGAAGCACUCAGAAACGGAUCGAUAUCUGCCAAUAAAGCCAGCAAAGCGUACGGUAUCCCGAGCAGCACACUGUACAAGAUCGCCAGGCGGGAAGGUAUCAGACUAGCGGCUCCGUUCAACGCAGCCCCCACUACCUGGAGUCCAGAAGACCUGGAGAGAGCGCUGGAGGCCAUACGGUCCGGUCAGACCACGGUACAGCGUGCCGCUGCUGACUUCGGUAUCCCGUCCGGCACACUGUACGGGAGGUGUAAGCGGGAGGGUAUAGAGCUCAGUAGGAGCAACCCCACUCCCUGGUCCGAGGAUGCGAUGACAGAGGCACUGGAGGCUGUCAGACUGGGUCAGAUGAGCAUCAAUCAAGCUGCGAUACACUACAACCUUCCGUACUCAUCGCUGUACGGGCGCUUCAAGCGUGUCAAGUACGAAGCCGAUCACCCCACGGAGGCCGAGGAACCCCCCUUACCCUCCCACCCCAACCUGUCAGCCCCCCAGAUCAUGCUGGUACAGUAUCAGCAGCCGUUGUAUCAGCACACUCCCAGCUGAGUGUACUUCACCACUGCCUCGUAGAUCUGUUGUCUUUUCUUUGUUUACUGGGCCACGUGGGAGUACUCUUACUCCAGAACAUCUGGGUUACAUCCGUUCGAAUCCACUUCAAACUUUGGAUUGAUCUCGAUGGUCUGGAGAUUCUGUUGUACACUCCAUUACAGCCGGUCGUGUUGUGGGAGACGGAAGGUCAAUCUGAAUGUUGGGAGUUCCACCAGCGGUACGGAAAUGCCUUGGGAAAAUUCACAGGCAUUGGAAAUGAAUGCUGUACUCGAGGAGCAUUGAAGCGCUGUGAAUAUUUACUGACUACAAAGCUGUUGGCUUCACGUUAAAGUUUCACUGUGAUGAUGAUUUAUGUUUGAAAGUAGUCAUUAAUGAUUCUGUCAGUGUUACUACUGAAGUGAUGCCAUAACUGAGCUUACGUUUGACAGUCAUGAGAAACAAGUUGAUCUAACAUUUGUUUUGAACAAUUUUAAAACGUGUCAACUAUUUGUUUGAUUACCACAUUUUAGCUAACUACUAAUCAAUUUCGUUAGUUGUUAAAUUUUACGUAAAGUCGCAUUUUGUAAGUUCAUCCUGACCUUUUCGUGGAAAGAGAUAGUACAGUGUAGAGUAGUGAUGGCUUUUCUCGCUAAAUUCUUUACAAGUAUAAAAUUAAAACAUUAGGAAUAUUUCAUUGACAGUCAACUAUAUUUUACUGUUAGUGGCCUGUUUCUAGUUAAAACUGUUGUAGUGUACGGAAACUUGGCAAACCAUGAAUAUUAAUAGUGUUCUACCAUCGUUAAAAUUUUAUGGAUUGACAAAUGAAAAUAAAUAUUUCAACAAUAAAGAAUCCAAAUAUUUAAAAAUAACCCAGCAAAAUGUUGGCAGAAACUCCUUGAUAUUGAAACGAAAUUCAAGGAAUACAGUGGAACCUGCUUAUAAUGUGUCUCGCCUGUAACAUUUAUUUACAGUUUUAUUGAACGAAAUCAGGCUAUUUUAAUGUUUGAACAUUUUCUCACUCAUACAAUGCCUAUUUAUAACGUUGGUUUGUGCUGCAAAUUUUAGCUCCCAGACAGAAGAAAACAAUGAGUUUAUGGAACAAUAAACGGUAGAAAAUCGUAAAUUUUCCACUUAUGCGAGCCGACAAAGCAGGAGAUCGUUAUAAGCUGGUUCAUUAUAUAGAGAUUUAGUGUAUAAUAAAUGAUAAACUUGUUAUUAAGGAAAUAUUGUUUAACCCUUUGACCAUCACAUGCAGAUUUAAUCUUUUGAUAACAGUCCUCAAACUGUUCAUUCUUUUACAUGACAAUAUGUCAUCAUCAGGGUGAUGUGUCUGAAUAUUGCUGUGUCAAAGCAAUUUUUAUUCGGAAAAUGGUAUUUGUUGUAUAGAGCUGAGCAAUAAGUUAUAAAACUUCAGUUUAAAGUGUGAGGAAACUUAAUUUUUUUAAAUCACAAAAUUUCUUUGAUCAUUCCAGUUGUUACAGAUAUACAUACUUUAGUUACAGGCAGACUUUGUCAUUUUAGAAAAAAAUGGCUUUUUUUAAUAUAUAAAACACAUUACUUUUUGCUGUUAUCUUUUUUAAGUGUUAUUUUAAUAUUAUAUUAACCAAUUAAUUGCCGCAGCCAUUUUCCAAAGUGACAAUCAUAUUUUGUAAAUGUGAAAUGGUUGGAAAAGUAGAAGAUGUUGGACAACACCUAUACAUCAGAUUGUCAUUUCUUUUAGCAAUAAGCUGAAGAAUAUGAGACAUGAAGAUUCUUGGAGCAUUGAAAAUAUUUUAAUUUAAUACCACUAGUGAAUUAACAACACAAAAUAUGAAGUUGUUUGAUGAUGGAAUCCUUAAUUCUGAAAGGCCUCACAAAAUUAAAUUAAUUAUUGGAAUAUGUGUUGUAAUUCACUAGUGGUAUUAAAUAUGAGGCAUAUUUUAUUAAGAAAUUUUACUGUUCGAAAAAAGUUAGUUUGAACCAAUUGUAGUCUUUCUAAUAAUUUCUUAGAUUUUUUCGAUAAUAACAUAUGAAAAGCCAUAAAAAUCAACCAAAUUUUCUGAAAUGAAACAAAACAUAGUAAUGUGGCUGAAAAUAUUUUUACCUCUAAAUGCAAGGGUUUAGAAAAAUAAUUAUUGUAAAAUAACUACCUAAAAAUUAAUUUUUAUAUUUUUCGCUACAUUGUAUUGAGUAUAAUAUGUGUAGUAAAAUAUAAUACACAUGCUCUAUUCAAUUUUAUGUUCAAAUAAAAAAAACAAAAUAUUUGUUUACUAAAAAAAUUAUUGUAUAUUUCCCAUAAAUUCUUUGUAUUAACAUAACCUCGUACUAUCAGAAACUUUUGUUACGCAACACAUGUUUAGCUCCCAUUAUUUCCAAUAAUCGAGGUUUUACUGUAUUUAUUAUAUACAUUAUAAAAGAGACCAUGAGAAUAUACAGAUCUCUAAAUAAAACGUUACUGGCUUCUGUCAUCUCUACAGAUAGCCUACUGUUAAUACAAUAUCUACGACAUGCACUUUCAUGUAAAGCUUGUAAUUAUAAUGUUUUCUUCAUACAUUUUUUACGAACUUAUGUUUCUUACUUAAAAAAAAUAUUCACAAGAAUCAAGUUAAAAAUAAUGUAAACAAUGUUCGCAUAAAACUUCAGAUAAUAAGCCAUGUUGGAUAUUUAUAUGGCGGUAAAGAUGUUAAAUAAUUCAAACAUAAAUAUAGUGAUAUAAUGUUUAGAAAUCAAAUCGUUACAAUUGAGUAAGAAAAAAUUAAUAGUCCGUCCUUGAAAUGAAUGAACUUGUGCUCUACUCAAGACUCUUGAACAUGACAUGACUCAGGUGUGAUGGUCCAGGGUAACCAGGACAAUGUUAUAUUAAUUACAGUGAAGAUAUGUUCCUUAUAUAAUUUGUUCCUAGAUAGUGACGUUGAUGUGCAGAUUACUGUAGGUUAGGUUAGAUUAGGUUAAACGAAACCCGUGUACAACAUUUACCAAUGUCUUUUAGUAGACUAGAACAUAACGUUGAGGUAGCUCUAACGAACUCCAGUACAGUAUAUAAAAACCAAGAUGGUAAAAAAUGUUUAUUCUGUACAUUUCCAGAAAAGAACAUUUUAUUUUAAUACAAUGUGAAUGUUGUAUCGGCAGUUCAAUAUUAACAAUCUAUUUUAAAGUGUCAAAAAUACUUUUAGUAAUUUGGAAGGAUAAUGAACUGGGGUAUCUGAAAGAAUAAUUUUUUUUUAGAAGACUUUCAAAAUACAUAAUCUUGUGACAAGUAUUUUUUCUUAUAAAAAUAUAUUUCUUUAUGGAUCCGUAAGUGAUUAUAAAAAAAGAAAAGAAAAAUUACUGUAGGAACAAUAGAAUUUUAUUUAAACUCCUAAUAGAAAGCUUGAAAUGUUAUGUUAGCUUUUAAGUGCAAAAGUAAAAUGCACUUAGGUAUGUUGUCCCGAAUUUAUGUUAACGGGACUAAUAUUUUAUAAAUGUACCGAAAACUGAAUAAACUAAAAUAAAGCAACAAAAUUCUUUGGUUUCAUUUUGACUUUUUUAUACAGUUUUGUUUGGUAAUUUAGAUUUAUUUUGAUAAACUUUUUCAGGUUAAAUUCAAUACGUGAAUACCACUUGAAACAAUAGUUAGAUUUGUAAUGGGUCGAGAAAGAAGCACCGUAAUCAUGUAACUUAUUAUACAUUAAAUAGAAGAAUUAAUAUUAAAUAAAACCAAUAGUCCUUGAAAAGUUGCAGUUGGAAAUGUGCAGUAUAAAUGUAGUCUAGUAAGUUUUUAAUGCUGGAAGUAAUAAUAUCUAGAAUACUUCCAGGUAUUCUGUUCUCUUUGUAUACUUUGGAUAGAUUUAAGGUUGAACAAAAUAAUACGACACAUUCCCUUAGCAGUUGUUUAGUGAAAGUUUUAUGUGAACAUAAAAUCAGUUGAAAAGUUGAAAGUAAGUUUAUGUGUAGGUAUAGGAAAUUGCUCUUGGACAUGUACCAAACCAUUAUUUUGUGAAACAAGACAUACCAGAGUAUCCAUCUUCCGAGAAAAAAAAUGACAUUGAAACCUCCAUGACAAGUCAAGUUGUAUAGUAGUCCUGCAACUGAAUGGUUUCUGACCAGUUGCUAUUUAUAAUUCACAUUUUUAUUGAAUUUAAAAAGUUAACCACCACAAAUUAAUGUAUGCCUAAUCUUUUUCAAAUAAUAUUUUAUCAAUCGCUAUUAACAAUAACUUUUACAAAAUAUUUGUAGGUAGAAAAGAAAGUACAUAAAUGUAGCCUGAUCAAAUUUCCAAAAUUAAUUUUUAACGAUUGUUACUUGAUGUUGUAGACUCACAUUGAGAGGGAAAUUCUCUCAUACUAUGUGCGAUAAUUCACACCAUUAAAGAAUAACUGCAGGAAUCCUGCGAGGAUAUAUAUAUAUAUUUUAUUGCCUGGUUUCUGUUAGUUUGGCCGGCCUGUUCUCGCAUGUUCUGUGUCUCAACAAGAUAAUAAUUAGCAUUUAUUGUGAAAUUCUCCACCAAGAUUUAUAAAUACAGAUUUUAGAAAGGAACUCUAUAGUUAUUAAUUUGAUAUAAUGGUUACUAUUAAUUGUGUAUGUUGUAGAUGAGAUUGCAUCUUGAUUGUUUUAUUAAAACUUGGUAACUGAGUGGUUUAAGGGUUUUUGUUGUUAAGCUUUAAUUUGUUAUUUUUUACUGAACAAAGUGUGUGUAAACAAUGAAUGUCUGCUUACUCUUUGUUUCAUAAUGUUCAAAUAAAAAGGCAUUAUAUUUCAACUCAUGACGUAUCUUGACCUAGAGUAAUAACACUCGGUCAGCAUCCGAUGUGCCAAACUAAAUUAAUAAUAAUAGGCAUAGUGAUGUAACUAAGACGGCUUUUGGCGGGGAGGGGGAGAGGGGUGAAUCUUAAUAAAGAACACACCUUAAGGUAGAUACGGAAUAAAUUUUAAUUUUAAUUAGUUAAGGCUUAAUUGAAAGUAAAAUAAAGUAAAGUUUUUGAAUUGCUGUAUUCAAAAACAAGUUGGAUUGAUAUGAACAGGUUUUUUAUAUUUAUGUUCGGUCCCCCUCGUGGUUACGCCACUGUGAAGGUUUCGUCAACAAUAAUAAAGUUACCUAAGUUAUCUUAAAUUAAUAGUUGUGACUAGUUAUGUUAUAUUUUUCUCUUGUACAAAUUGAAAUCAACCAAAGCACUAGACUGUUAGGUUAAGACUUUAGUUUUGUGUACUAUUGUGUACUAUUUUUGAGACGGGUUUUGAUACUUAAUGUAAUUUGGUGACAAUUUAAGUGUUCUUAAAAAUUACUUUAGGAAUAAUAAUCUUAUCUAUAUUGCUGUCAUAUUAUUUUUGUGUAUACAGUUUUAAGUUCUGUAUAGGUAAUGUUGGUUGUGUCUGGAACCGAGUAUCAAUUUUGGGCUUAAGCUUGUUACAUAUAAUACUAUUUAUUUGUUAGCAUUGUUCAUAAGUUUUUAAUUUUGUUAAUUAUUUUUAAGUUACUGUAGAACAGUGUUUUGUGUAAUACUAAACAGAACAAUUUAGUAAAAAUAAAUAUGGUACUAUUAAUGUCAAAUGGAAAUUAAUUAUAAAAGUCAGGUAUUUUUUUAUUUUUGUCAGUGUUGUCAUGUUCUCUCCAAUUGCAUAAAAUCAAUACUGUUCUUUUUUUGUAAAUAUGUAGAUAUUUAAUUAUUGUACAAACUUUGUAAAUAUAAUUUACAGCUAUCAUGUUAAUUUUGUAAAUUAUUGACAGUAAUUUAUUCCUGUAAGUAGAUGUGUAAGUGGCUAGUGUGGUGUCUACAUGAUUAUGUAUAGUAAUGACUAAAUAUACAAGAUAUUUUCUUAAA